AUGCAAGUGCGCAGGGACCAAGUACACUUGAAAAAGUGCCAGUGCAGUGCUGUUGUGUGUCCUGAACCCAGAGACCUGAAGAAGCACAUGCUAAUGCACAGAGAGGUGAAGGCUAUACGGAUGCAAUCUGUCUCCCUCGGCGCAGGAGAGAGUACUGACACGCUCCAUAUUAAGGACAAGCCCAGAGGCACUUGUGAACAAGAAUACUCAGGUUGCAGUUCUUCAUAUGCACAGUUCAAGAUCAGCACAACAAUAGUAGAACUGCAGCCCGACAGCACUGCACUAUUCACUAUGAAUGACCAACUAACUGAGCGACAUCGAAACCAGAGCAAGCCGUGUGCACUUGCAUCCACGUCGAAAACCAGUCUCGAAUGCCACAUGUUUUCACACUGUCACAAUGAGUCUGAAAAGUGUUCCACUCCUCCAACGAAUAUUCAGAUGGGAGAGAAGGGUUCUGGGUGUAACAUCUAUCCCGCUGCAUUCUCGUGGUAUGGAAGUGACAAGAACCAUGUGGUGAAGCAUACUGACAAGAGGCCACACAAGAGUGAUGUCUGUCCUGCAGAGUUCAGCCUGAGCGGGAACAUACAGCAGCACAAGCGGACAGAUUCAUGCAAGAAGCCACACAAGUGUGAUGAGUGCCCUGCACAGUUCAGCCGGAGUGCUCAUCUGCAGCAGCACAAGAGGAUACACACAGGCGAUAAGCCAUACAAGUGCGAUGUCUGCCAUGCAGAGUUCAGCCUGAGAGGGAACCUACAGCAGCACAAGCGGACACACACGGGUGAGAAGCCAUACAAGUGCCAUGUCUGCCACACAGAGUUCAGCCUGAGAGGGAACCUACAGCAGCACAAGCGGACACACACGGGAGCAAGAGAAAGCACCGGUACGCUCCAUAUUAAGGACAAGCCCAGAGGCACUCGUGAUCAAGUAUCUCCAGGUUGCACUUUCUCCAAUGCGCGGUUCGAGAUCAGCAGAGCAACAGUUGAAGCUCGAUUAAACAACACUGCAGUAGUCACUAUGGAAGAUCCAGCCACGGAACGACCUCCAGAAAAGAGCAAGUCAUGUGGACUUGCGUGCACGUCCAAAGCCAGACUUCAACACCACAUGUUUGCACACUGUCUCAAUGAGUCUGAAAAGUGUCCUGCUACUCCUCCACCAAAUGUUCAGAUGGGAGAGGAGGAGUUCAUCCAGGGCACGCACCUGCAGCGCCACAAGAUGAUGCACACUGGCGAGAAUCCAUGGAAGUGCGAUCUCUGUCCUGCACAGUUCAACCGGAAUGCGCAUCUACGGCUUCACAAGCGGACACACAAUGGGGAGAAGCCAUACAAGUGUGACGUCUGCCCUGCAAAGUUCCGCCGGAGCAGUGACAUGCAGCGCCAUAAGAGGACACGCACCGGUGAGAAGCCAUACAAGUGCGAUGUCUGUCCUGCAAAGUUCAGCCGGAGCAGUUCAGACAGAGCAAGCACCUACAGCAUCACAAGCGGACACACAUGGGGGAGCAGCCAUAAAAGUGGGACCUCUGUCCCGCAGAAUUCAGCCACAGCGUGGGACGAGAAGUCAUACAGGAGCACUCUCUGUCUUGCAAACUCGAGGCACAUCACGAACCUGCAGCUUUAUAGGCGGACGUCCAUGGGCGUGAAGCCACAGAAAUGCAACCUCUGUCCUGCUGGGUUCAGCCACAGUACAAACACACACUAUCCAGAGAACAAGCUGCCAGCAGAGCGUCAGUUUCCUCAGCGAGAGCGUGAACCUCAAGCCUGA